AGGCGCAAUGAUAUUCCGCAUUCGAAAUUGGACGAAGUGAAGGCUAAAACGCGUAUGUCCGAACGCCGUUAGUCCGCAAUAUCCCAAUACGCCCUGGCCUAGCGAUGUGCAUCCACUGAACUCGCAAUAACAUAAAACAAGAGGUGUCAGAACAUCAUUUUGCUGGAUUUGACUGCAACAUGAGAAUUCAUCGUAUGAACAAGCCUCUCAUCGGUUAUAUCGGUCCAAGAUGUGGCGAACGAUUAGUUGACAUCCUACAAAGAGAAACUCAAGAAAUCUCUUCCACGAGUCGUCAAUGGAGGAACUCGUUGCCUCUCAUGUGUUCACAGCGGAGAAGAGCGUGAGGGACCGUAUGGCGAAGGUCCUCACUCUUUUCUCGGAAGAGCUGGAGCUCAUCAAUUUCGAUAAGGUCUUGCUCGACCUACGCGGUAAUGAGAUUGUUACUCACAGGGAGUACCUCGCCGUCGCGAAGACGAAUGAUUCCAAGGAAAAGGUCCUGUUUCUCCUGGAAUGCCUGCCUCGAAGUGGAGACGGUGCCUUCCCCGCUUUCGUUGAGGCUUUGCAGAAGUGGGAUCACGUAGACCUAGCCGAGAAGUUGAAAGAUGGCAAAAGUUCCUUUGUGGAUGCCCUCUUCAAUUACGUUGUUGGUGUCACUUUUGAUGAUGACUUCAGGUUCACCAUCACCUCGCCGAACGAAACUAAUCAGGAGGAAAGUUUAACCAAGACUGUGACAGCGUACUCGUUGGGAAUGCAAGAUAUCAAGGGUUCUCGUUUUCGCUGGCCCCUCACAAUCGUAGAUACUCCUGGGUUCGGAGAUAUAGAAGGGAUCGAAGAGGACAGAAAGCGGGGUAUGGAAGACGAGAAACAUGGCAUCAUAUUUAGGCUACACGAUGCAUUCAAAGGACACAAACGGACGGCCAUUAAACCCUAUAUGCCAUAUAUCAGAGAAUUCUUUGUGAUCAUGUCUGAGGACUCAGAAGUGAAA